CAGCGCGUGGAUCAAGUACGGGCGCGUGUACCAAGAAUCUUAAUGCCUUGGUAGGAGAGGCUAAUGGGUGCACACUUAUAUAAGUCACAAUGCAACCAGAUUCUAACGAGUAGUCUGCGAGAUUUAUCGAGCUGACCAGCAGAGAGGCCAGAGUAAACCGUAGCCGAAGAGAAGCGUGCUAGAGACUGCUACGAGAUCGGAGGAAGAAGAAUCUCGACGGGCCAGACUACACAAUUGCUCAUGAUGGAUAAACGGCGUUUCGUAGUUUGGAUCUUACAUUUUUUUCAUCUCGCAGUGCUCUGCAAUUUAGUGACUGCUAAAAGUGAAUAUACGAAUUUGUUCGAACGGUGCGCAAAGGAGAAGAACACCUUCGAUUGCUUCAAACGGCGCGCCCUGGAGAUUCUCGACUCGGCUAUCCACGAUGAUUCUGUAUAUAAAAUCAAUGAUUAUAUUUCACUAACUAAAGAUCCGGCAUCCACCGCCAGAAGUUUCCCGACGACGUCUGAGAAUGGCACGGAAUUAAGCCUCGAUCAGCAAUUGGAUAACAUGUUCUAUGAGUAUUUGACGUCGAGAAGCCUGAAACUGACAAUACCGGGCAACGCUUUUGAAGGGAGGAGAAAGAAGAACAGGGGAAUGGGAUAUAUAAUGAUAGCAGGUGCCGUGAUGGCAGGCAUGAUGGCACAACUAGCUUAUGGAAAAAUUGCUUUCAUCGCUGGUACGGCUUUACUGACGGCGAAAAUGGCCUUAGUUUUAAGUGCGAUUGUCGGCUUGAAAAAGCUCGUGUCGAGCGGAGGAGGCCACGAAGUGAUCUAUGCGACAGCAUCGGAACAUCAUGGAGGUGGUGGUGGCGGCGGAUAUAGUGGUGGCUGGCAACGAGCGAUGGAAUUUGUUCCUCCAACCUGAAUCAGAUUCGGCUACAAAUCCCGAAGUUUUAUGAUUUAGUUACCGCAUGUAAUACAUCUUCCUCGAUGUGUCUGAUAAUGAAAGUAUAUUAACGGUUUUUUUAAGUUUUUUAAUUUAAUUUAUUCAUUAUUUUAAUAUUUAAUAAAAAUAAAUUAAUACUUACAUUACAUCCUCCUUUGCCUCGGACGAACAUGCUAUUCCAUAAAUAGACAAUAUACAAUACCAAGAAUAAACAAUAGAUU